CAUUUUUGUUUCGUUUAGACAAUCUGCAUGAUUUCUCAUUCAAUUGAAAUCUAAAAAUGUCCAUUUUCACCUUCAGAAAACAAGUGUGCAACCGAAUCUUCACCCUCUUCAGAAACGUAUUGAUCUCCAAGCACCGGUUUGUCCCAGAACUUCAAUAUUCAUCGGCUACUGCUCAAAAUUUUUCCCUUUGGAAUCAUGGGAUAGCUGAUUUUAACAAGAUUUCUGGGUUACCCUUUACCACAUUGCGGUUGUUUUCUACACAGAUUGCGCUUGAACCCUCAACGUCUGAUGGGCUUACUGUCGAAGGAAUCCUUGGAAAUCGAUGGACGAUUCUGGACGAGAGCGAGAGUGAUUGGAGGAGCCAUGCUGCUGCAAUUGCCCAAUCCAUUCAUUUGAUCAAGAAGCGUUUACAGUGGAAGAAGCUGAUGAUGAGAUUGGAGUUGUUAUCAGUGGAGUUGAACAAGGCUGAUUUGUGGGAUGAUCCUGCACAUGCAGGGAAGAUAAGUCGGGAGCAUGGUUCUAUUAUGAGUAAGAUAAAAGAGAUCAACGCAUUUGAGAGGGAAUUGCUCGAGCAUAUCGACAUGAUAAAGCUUGCCAGAGAAGAGAAUGAUACAGAGUUGGAAUCGGAGUCACUAAAUGCUCUACUCACAAUGAGAAGAAAUUCUAGAGAGAAAGAGCUUGAAGCUUUGUUAUCUGGGGAGAAUGAUUCUUGCUCUUGUUACAUUGAGGUCCAAGCUGGAGCUGGUGGAACUGAGAGCAUGGACUGGGCAGCAAUGGUCAUGCAGAUGUACAUAAUGUGGGCUCAAAGACGUGGUUUCAAGGUUACUGUUAUGGAAGAAAUGCCGGGUGAGAUUGCAGGAAUCAAGCGAGCAACAAUAAAGUUAGAUGGUGAAUAUGCUUUUGGAUAUGCCAAAUCGGAAGUGGGCGUACAUCGAUUGGUUCGCAUCUCUCCUUUUGAUAGUAACAAGCGGCGACAUACUUCGUUUGCUGCUGUAGCUGUCAUUCCAAUAACUGGUGAUGGUUCAACUCAUAUUCAAAUUAAUGAAACAGAUCUACGAAUUGAGCGUUUCCGGUCUGGAGGAGCUGGUGGUCAGAGUGUUAACACCACUGAUAGUGCCGUGAGGAUAGUCCAUAUACCUACAGGGAUUACAGCAACUUGUCAAAAUGAAAGAUCACAACAUCAAAACAAGGCCGCAGCAAUGGCAGUACUCCAGUCUCGAUUGAAUCAACUUGAGAUGACACGGCAAGCUCAGAUGAAUGCACAGCAUACGCAGAGUCUAUCUGAUAUAACUUGGGGAAAUCAAAUUCGUAGUUAUGUGCUCCAUCCUUAUCAAAUGGUAAAAGAUCUUCGUACCAAUUAUGAGGUUUCGGAUCCUGAUUCGGUGCUUGAGGGAGAUCUCGACAGCUUUAUUUUGAACUAUUUGUCGGCAUCCUUGGACAAAGAUGGAGAUCAGCUGUAAAGUUGUACAACGAUGGAUGAUGAUUCAACAUUUGGCUAUUUUAAAGCUGGAGGGGAUGUGGCUAUCAUACUGAAAUGACCGGUUCCAUCAUCUGAACUCUACUCUAGUUAGUGAAAAGCUGCUAUGGGAUUUGUUACUCUGGUGUAAUAACCAUAGCCAUUAAAGUAUUUAUGAUUGUUUAAACUCAGCCAUCUUGUCUCAUAAGAGUUUGAUUUGUUCAUUAAUUCCUUGGUUCAACCAGCUCCCUUUUUUGUUCUGAAUUCAUUGGCCUAUGAUCUUACUGAACCUUGAUGUGAAGUCGAAGUUGACUAUUGUGUAUGAAAGUUUUGAGAAAUUGAAGUUGUUUUGAACAAAUGUA